AUGGGUAACGGAUCCGGCCAGCGGCCGCUUUCCGAAGUGAGCCCUGUGGCCCAGAGGCGCAACUCGCCAAGCUGGAACCAACAGACGCCGCAUGGAGACGCCCCCACAUACGAUGUUUCGUCCUUGAAUAACAAUGCCUCCCCCCGCCUAUUUUGGAAGGGUCGCGACUCGCCAUCUCCUUUCCCCAAGGGGAUGGAGAAUAAAGCACCAUAUGACCCGGAAGGGUGCUUUUUCCCCAAGAAGCGCCCGUCGCUUGAAAAUCUGAAACGCGUGUCGAAGGUGAAGAAUCAUAGCAUGUUCCUUGAAAGUGGCCAUGACUACGAUCCGGCGUCGGUGGUGUUCCCCCAGAGACCUUUGGUACCAGAGAGGUCCUCACAGCGAGAUAGCCAAGUCAAUAUUCCGAAGUCCCAGUUGGAUGAUGAUACGACCCAGACUUCUCGGCCACCAUCCCCGAGCAAAGAUCAAGCGUCACCCAGCAAAUCCUCGUUAUCCAAGGGUAGUCGAUACGGCAAGGGCUUCGAUCCUCAGAAAGAUAUUUGGUCUGAGCACGGUAGUGCUGGGCAUCGACAUGCCAAGAGCGUCACAUUUGACCACGCUCCUCCUCAGAUCAAUGAAUAUGAAAUGACAACACCGGAUUUAUCCUCACUCGCCUCUGAAUCCCGAGAGAACAGUUAUGACUCUGAGGAAGAAGCGGAUAUUAGCUUCGAGGCCGAGUCGUCUAUCGAGCGUGAUGACAGCUUUGAUGCCUCGUUGGAAGAUAUCGAGAAGACACCCGUUGUGCUGCCAGAGGACUGGCGCUUCAUGGGCUCAAACACAAAUAGCGACGAGGAUCCCUUUAUCGAGGAUGUUGAAGACGACAGUGCUGAUGAACGUCCCAUCUCCCGGGAAGGCGGAUCAUCUCAGCACACACGAGUCGAAUCCCUGGAUUCAAAUGGCGAGCGACGCCCUCUUCCGCCUUUGCCAUCAGUGAAUCGCAUGUCUGGUACGCGGCCCUCAUCUGCUGGUCAGCUCGCUGCUACCUUUGACCUCGGUAGUGCAGCCCAUCGUGUCCUUCCAUCUCCUCCGCCUCCUGCUUCUUAUACGAAGUCUGAUAUCACUGCGGGUCUCUCGUUGGAGGAUAGACUUCGUUCGAUGAUGCUUCAGGAGAAUGAAAAGGAUGAGAGCCAUGAUGGCGCACAAAGCGUUGAAGAACCAUUGGAGCUUCCCAGGGCUGAUGAAAACAUUGGAUCGAAAGAUGAUGCCCGCAGAGAUGACGAGGGCAAAGAGUACUUCUUCACUCCACCCCGAAUUUCUCGCGAUUCGAUUUUGCGAGGCAUUCGAAAGGGUGACAGUUACGAGGAUGACAGCUCUGAUGAAUCAUCUGAAAUUGAUUCCAGCCCCAAACAUUAUAACCAUUACGAUCCGGAUGUUCCAAUUCCAUCUCUGGAAACCGACGAUGAUGACUGCUCUAGCGUUAUUAUCAAGCAAGAAGAGCACGAUGAGGACCUUUAUUCCAUCACAGAUUACUACCAGAACAAGUCAGACAACAGCUUGUCCUCCCAUGACCAGCGCGCCAAGUAUGAUGAUGAGAGUAGUUAUUCGCUACGCUCCGCUGCUGCAGCGGCCGAUCGCGAACAUGCCGAUAAUCAUUAUCACAAUGCGGGAUCCGAGCAAACUACCCCUAUCGCUGAGGCUAAGGUCAAUCCCGAACACCUUGUACAACCAAAGGAGGAAUCUCGUGAACUGAAACAGCAGAACGAUGCUCAAGGUCAGCCUUUGGAUAUGACAUCGAUUCGACAGUCUCUCGCACGCCCUGCCACUCCUGAGAUGAAGCAAGAGGAGCUUUCUGAGCCAUCCACUCCAGACUCCGUUAUUCGUCAUCCCAUCGAGGAUGAUGAAGACGAGGAAUAUCCGGAAGAAGAGGAGCCUGAGCAUUAUGAGAGUUCGUCGGACGAGUCUGUCCCAGACCCGGUUGCGACGAUUCGAGCUCCUGGUGCUGGUCUCAAGACUAGACCGUCACUAACCCCCGCCGAUAUACAGUCCAUGGCUGCUACCCGCCGCCAGAUUAGUGGCCAGCACGUGCCACCAGUUCCUUCAUUGACCAAGCAGAUCUCUAAUGACUCGAAUCCUUCCGAUCGCGAGGAUGAGAAAAGUGACCUGCCCCCGCAGCUGGGACUGCCUACGGAUCUCUCUCAGCGGAAAAGCAGUUGCUUGAAGCUCGACAUUCCUUUCAGUAUCCAAGAAGAAAGCCUCGGAUUUGGAUUGAAUAAGGAAUUCGAUCGUGUCAUUGAAUCCCAAAAGGUUGCGUUUCAUCUCGCUCUUUCCCAAAGCCCUGGUUUUGCGCCAUCGUCCCCGAAAAAAAUACCCAAGGAUCCCGUGAACCCAGGAAAUAAUGUACAUCCCGCUGACUUCCCUACUCCUAAACAGAGAGGAUACCUCAUGAGACAGAACACCAAAGUCAUCAUUGCCAGCAGCCGUAACGAAGAAGAACCGACGCCCUCCGCCGAGCAAACACCUCAAGAUCCGCGUGGUACACGUUCUGCGGGUUCAUCUCCACGGAAAGCUAGCCAACAGACUUGGACCACGGUUCCUUGGAAUGGUUCUGCACGUCGAUCAAGUAUCAAGACUGCCACUGGUAUUCCGAAGAAAAAGCCCGUACCUGGCGUUGGUGGAGUCCCACCUCUCCCUGGACAACCCAGCAUUGUCCAGGAGGCCCCCGCAACUAUCGAAGAGAAUGAGCCAACCAUCCCCGAAUCAUUCGAAGAUGGCGAAGAGCGAGGCCGUUUGUUUGUGAAGGUCGUCGGCCUCAAAUAUUGUGACCUUCCUCUCCCACGUGGCGAGCGGUCCUACUUCGCAUUGACUUUGGAUAAUGGACUGCAUUGUGUCACGACCUCAUGGUUGGAGAUGGGCAAGUCUGCUCCAAUUGGACAGGAGUUUGAGCUCAUUGUCCAGAAUGACCUCGAGUUCCAGUUGACACUGCAAAUGAAGAUUGAUGAGACCAAAUUCCAAACCCAGGAACCCGCAGCAUCACCAUCACGCCAAAAGGCAUCGGCCCUCAGCCGUAUGCAAUCACAGCAGCAGAAGGCAAAGGACGUCAAUGCCCCUGUGUAUGAGCGCCUUCGGAAUCUGGUUGCUCGUGAUGGUAGCUUUGGCCGCGCAUAUGUGGCUUUGAGCGACCACGAGCAGCAGGCCUUUGGCCGUCCACACAUUGUCGACGUUGCUUGCUUCAACGAAUGGGCGGUUGAGGAACAAAUGAAUAGCGUGAAGAGCAAAAAGAGCGCGACUAGCGUCAACACGCAGCGUCGCCCCCCUUACAAGAUUGGAAAGCUGGAAGUCCAACUGCUCUUUGUGCCUAAGCCCAAGGGUAGCAAAGAUGAGGAUAUGCCGAAGAGCAUGAAUGCCUGCAUUCGCGAAAUGCGUGACGCAGAGAGUGUUUCAGCUCGCUCCUGGGAAGGUUUCCUUUCUCAGCAGGGUGGAGAUUGUCCAUACUGGCGCCGUCGUUUCUUCAAGCUGCAAGGAUCCAAGUUAACAGCCUUCCACGAAACGACCCGCCAACCUCGUGCGACAAUCAACCUUGCCAAGGCUUCCAAGCUCAUUGACGAUCGAUCCUCCCUCCUUCAAAAAGAGACCAGCACAAAGAGUGGUUCUCGCCGCAGGUCUGCCUUCGCUGAAGAAGAAGAUGGCUACAUGUUUGUUGAGGAAGGAUUCCGAAUUCGUUUUGGAAACGGCGAAGUCAUUGACUUUUAUGCGGAUAGCCCCGCAGAUAAAGAAGGAUGGCUUCGGGUCAUGUCUGAAGCUGUCGGCAAGGGCUCCACGUCAGGCAAUGGUGCAAUCAAGCCCUGGGCUGAUCUUGUGCUCAAGCGUGAGCGCAGCAUGAAGACAAGCAACGGCGCCGCUGCUCGUCGUCCGCCCAGUGGGAUCCCUGUGGCCCCUGCCGCCCCUGCCGCCCAACCAUCGCCUACUCGGCACCGAAAUAGUGCCAUGAUGGCACCUCCAUCAUCAGCAGGAUCUGUGGCGUCGGCACCUCAGCCAUCACGUCCUCGACACAAGCACACCCAAUCUCAGCCUGAGAUCGGAAGUGUUGACGCGCGUCGACAGAAAACCCGCUCUCUCAUGUUUUAG